CGCUCUUACCGCCUGCUGGUAUCCCUGUUCUUCCUCGUGUCAUGGCCGGAGCGGUCGAGCUCUUCAAUGGCGAGAGGGUCGUCGUUUUUCUCUUCGUCUCUCGCAUCCUCUUCGCCGCUCCGUUCCUCUUGGUAUACGAGGCUGCGGCACUCGUCGUUCUUGCGAUCGCCGGACUCCUCGUCGAGAUCUCCGUCGAGAACUCCGUUGCCACCUUAGAUUGUUUCAAGUCUAGGUCUGGUGCUGCUUCUGGGAUACUUUUAGCUACAGUUACACUGCCCUCUUUUAUGUUGUCUAGGAUGAUACAAAUCUCAAGAGCAAUUUCGAACCAUGAGAUUGGGUCUGAAUGGCUUUCAUAUUAUAGCUUUCAAUUUUGGGCUGCAUGUUCUUGUUGCUUUGCCAUAGUUAGCGUCCUUUAUUUUAUACUGAAGUAUUCUUGCGUCAGUAUCAAUAGUUUUCAUUUGCGAAGGGAUCAAGCUUCUAAAUACAGUUUAUUCUUCAUGUCUGUUUAUGGACUACUAUGCUAUCUAUCUUUUGCCAGAAAAUCAUUCAGCGACUGGUAUGCUAUAAUGAACCUGUCAUGGAUGUUCUGCUAUGGACUAGCAACUAUGGUACUUCUGAAGCAUAUUCUUUGCACUUUUCCAUCAAGUGCUUCAAUAGGUGAAAGUCUUCUGGUAUCCAAUGGCAUAAUUCUUUAUUUAGGGGACUUUUUGGGAAAUGCUUUGUCGAAGAUGAAUCUGACCUCUGAAUCAUCAAUGUUCCAUUUCUUCAAACGUGCUGUCAAUAGUGAAAUAAGCACAAUUGUCCAGGGAGUGUUGACAGGCCUUCUACUUUUCCCCGUCUUUUACAAAUUUUCCCUUCAAAUGUGGGAAUUAACAGUAUUAAAUAAGGAUAAGGGGCAAGCUGUUAAUAGAUCGAUACAAAGAGGGAUUGGAAGUUCUGUUUUUUUUUAUGCUUCUUUAUUCAUCACACUGACCAUGCUGGUUCCUGCAUUGAUCUGCUUCGCACAGGAUUUUCCCAUGCAUCCUGUGCUAUGGAUACUUAAUUUUUUGUUCACAGAGCCAUUUAGGCGGAUUUCUCUAUGUUUCUAUUGGAUCCUUGUUCUCUGUGUAGCUGUUUUCCGGUUCUAUAAUAUUUCAAAGAACAGCAAGACUGAAAGGAUUCUUCUUCGAAAAUACUAUCAUUUGGUGGCUGUUCUGAUAUUUGUACCUGCAGUUAUCUUUGAGCCUUCUUUUCUAGACCUAGCAUUUGGCGCAGCCUUGGCAUCGUUCUUGAUUUUAGAAAUGAUGCGAAUUUGGAAUAUUUGGCCCUUAGGACAUAUGGUGCAUCAGUUUAUGAAUGCCUUUACUGAUCAUCGUGAUUCAGAAAAUCUCAUUGUCAGUCAUUUUUCUCUUCUACUUGGCUGUGCUAUUCCUAAGUGGAUGUCCGCUGGCUUUAAUGAUAGACCUCUUGCCCCUUUUGCUGGGAUUUUGAGCUUGGGAAUUGGAGACACUAUGGCAUCAAUGGUCGGUCAUAAGUAUGGAGUUCUGCGCUGGAGCAAAACUGGAAAAAAAACAAUUGAAGGUACCGCAGCAGGCAUAACCUCAGUCCUUGCUUCAUGCUCAAUUUUACUACCUCUUAUGGCGUCCACCGGUUAUAUACUCUCUCAGCACUGGUUGUCACUUGUGGUUGCUGUUUCAGUGACUGGCUUACUGGAGGCUUACACCACACAGCUUGAUAAUGCUUUUAUCCCUCUUGUAUUCUACAGCCUUCUCUGCUUUUAAUUUACUGUUUCUUUCUGUUGCAGAUGAAUAGUCCGCAAUUUAAGCUAAAAAUUAGUGAAAAAAUAGCUGAAAGCUCAAGUUGAAUUACAAGUUGUGGUUGGUGGUGCUCAGAGAAGCUUUUUUUUUUUUGGUAAAUUUACAUACAUACCUCACAAUUCUUUUGUAUUUACACGUA